AUGAUGGAGGCCAAAGUCAAGGCCGACCUGGACACGCAGUUCUUGGUCGCCCGUCUGUUUGAACGCCUACGAACUGAGGCCCCUGCCUACGAUUGGGACGACUCCGUCGCACCUUUCCACUCGUCCUACGACAACUGGCAUGUCCACGGAUAUCGUCGUGCCUCACAACCCGUUGAUCGCAAAUCAAGCAAGGACUCCAGCGAAGCCACGAGCAGAGAACGCCGCAAGGAUCGCGACUCAGAAAAGAACAGUAACAAGGAGAGCGAACGAAGCGUCUCUGACGCCCAACAAGGCUAUGAUGUCGUCGCUCGCAUAUCUCGUCACACAACCCGCCUCGAGCGCGAGUUCGGUCUUGCUAAGAGGUUGAAACAAGAAGACGAUCCGGAUUGUCGCCAUUUCAUAGACCCGGUAGAGUUCCGCCGACUGCCCGCCCGCCAACCUGGAGAUGUCCCUCUUGUUGCUUUCAUUGCGCGAGCCCCUGAUAGCGGCGGUGACUAUAUGAAAGAGCUUGUUGAAUUUGGUCCAGGGCUAUACCGCGCACAACUGCCUACCUCGCCUGUAAGCCCACGCGGAGAACCUGAACUCAACCAGUUGCCUGUGCACCCGGAGCUUUUACCUAUAGGCCUCUUUCUUGAUUUUGCUAUUGGCUCAACCGAGUGUUGUGAGAUCCUUCACCACAGCAAAGAGUUGGUGCAUGGAGAACUCCGUGGUGAUGCUUUUCAUUUUAGCAAGGUGCAACGAACUGUGCGAUUAAUCAACUUCGGUUCUGGAGCUCGCUCGUUCGAAAAUGGCCUUACAUCUGCUGGUUGGAGCUCGCUAACCUCUGAAGCCGGUGUUGAGAACCGUUUACAAUUUAUUGCUCCGGAACAGACUGGUCGCAUGCCUGCUGAACCGGACACAAGGACUGACAUAUAUUCGCUUGGUGUUCUCUUCUGGACCAUGCUCACUGGAGUACCUGCCUAUCGUGGGGAUAACCCUCUUGAGAUUAUGCAGAGUCUGUUAUCGCGCCGCAUCCCUGCAGUCGAUAGUGUACGCGCCGAUGUGCCUCAUAUCAUCUCGAACGUUAUACAGAAGAUGACACAGAAGAAGAUGAACGAUCGCUACCAGUCCUCCUCGGGCCUGAAAUAUGAUCUGUUGGAAAUCAAGAGGCUACUUUCCGAAGGUGAUGUCGACGCACUGCAGUCUUUCAAGCUUGGUUCCAAGGAUGUUUCUUGCUUUUUCAACUUGCCUAAUUCGCAAAUUGGACGUGAAGAGCAACGGAAACUAAUUCUCGAUGUCAUAGAGAAAUCAGCUUUGCGUUCUUCCCAGACCAUCUCGAGUUCCAAGAAAGGCUUGCAAAGCUUGGGUUCGCACUCUUCGACUUCUAUAUCUACGCCCACUCAGCCUGAUCGCCAUGAAUCUGGGCUCCUGGACGAAAUCAUGUCUCAGAGCACUGGUUCUAAUGUUGAUCAAGAGCCUAAAGCUCUUCCAGCAGAUAGAACUGAACUCUUGAAACUACAGCAUGAACACAGCUCACAAGAGAGCAAUUUGACCUCCAAUGGUGCUGAGCUUGAGCAUAAGCCGUCAUUAGAAAGCAGGCCUUCAGUAUACAACCUUGAAAGCAGUCAAAGAUCUUCUGCAUCGAACUCACAUACUGGUCAAUCUGACGGCUCUGUUCUCCGCACUGUGCAACGCCUCAAGCAUAUUGGUCACACUGAGGUUUUGUGCCUCAGUGGUUCUGCAGGUCUUGGAAAGAGUUCUCUAUUGCACGACGUGCAAAACAUGUCGAGAAAAUAUGGCUACUACGCGUCAGCUAAAUUCGAUCAAGUCAAACGGGCACCCUUCGAACCGGUAGUGCGGGUUGUGUCUUCUCUGUUCCGCCAGAUCUUUUCUGAAGGCGACGUCUCAACGCCAUUCCACGACAAUAUCCGUACAUUCAUAAAGCCGUACUGGAGCUUUCUUUCCGGUUUCCUUGAUCUCCCACCCUGGUUGCUAUCUCAGUUUCCUACUCAUCAAGCUUCCCUUAGUUCGGACACCGCCUCGUUACGUUUGCCUCGCGAGAAGUGUGGCAGCAAUGGGGACACGGCAUCAGAUUGGUUGCGAGCUGGAGGCAGCAAUUCGAGCAAGUCGAAUCGUUUUGUCCGCACUUUUCUUGAUGUUCUGCGAUUGCUAGCACUGCAGAAAUUCAUUUGCAUAACACUGGAUGAUUUACAGUUCGCAGACGAAGAGAGUCUUGAUCUUCUUACUAGCAUUGUGCAAGUCAAGAUACCUCUGGUCCUUGUUCUUACUUACCGCGACGAACAAACUCUCCCAGCCAAAAUUCGACCUCUGCUCGAGAAGGCAACGAAGAUUGAUCUCAAGCCUUUUACUGAAGAAGAGACGGCGAAAUAUGUAUCCAUAACCCUACAUCGCUCGCCCGAGUAUGUUCUGCCCCUAGCCGCUGUCAUACAGCAGGCGACUUUGGGAAACCCAUUCUUCGUCCGAGAGAUGCUUGAUUCUUGUUAUCGAAAGAAUUGCAUAUACUACUCAUGGCGUUCUUCACAAUGGGAAUUUGACCUCGACAAAACCUUUGACGAGUUUUCUUCGCCGGACGCUAAUCAGUUCUCGACAAAUAACUAUCUUGUGAAACGACUGACAGAUCUCUCUGAUGAUUGCAAAUCUGUGCUUUGCUGGGCUAGUUUCAUCGGCAACACCUUUUCUUUUACUCUCGUGAAGCGAGUCAUGAGUUGCGAUUGUUCCAAGCAGUCGAAGGAUGAAUAUUUGCCGCCAAAGAAGGACCCAGUGACGGGCCUGCAGGAUGCUAUAAGCUCUUAUAUCAUCGUCGCCACCGAGGAUGAGGACAAAUUCAGAUUUUCUCACGAUCGGUACAUGCAGGCUGCAGAGCUUCUUGCUGAUGAUUGUCGCAAGGAGGAGAUGCACUAUAUCAUCUCGGCAUCCAUGAUGUACCAUGACCCUUACGACAGCGCCACAAAGCCUACCCAGCUUCUCUUCGACCAAGCCAGACAUAUAUGUAACGCAGUAGAUGCUAUCCAAGCUCGACCCAGCCUCAACAAAGGGCCGUUCAGAGAUCUGCUUUACCAAGCAGCAGAGACUGCUCGGGAGCAGGGAGCAAGAUCAAUAGCUCUCUACUUCUUCCAGCACUGUUUGAUGUUGCUUCCUGACGAUCCUUGGAAAGAUGACUCUCCUGAAGGCAACUAUCAAGAGACAUUGACACUAAUGACCAAGGCAGCUGCAUCCUACUGGUAUCUUGGCUUCUUUGAAGAAGCCGAGAUUAUACUUAAGGAGAUCAUGUCAAAUGCCAGAGUUCCUGCAGAUAAAACACCUGCGUUCAUAAUUCAAAGUCGCAUGCAUGCUCAAAAAGGAGAUGCGCAUAUUGCUUUCCUCAACAUGAAGCGAGCAUUGGCAGAUCUUGGCGUUGACAUUCAAGACACGACUUACGAAGAGUGUGACAGAGAGUUCCACGAGAUCGUGAAGCUUGUUGAUAUCUCUGACCGAUCAUUGUUCGAAGCAAGAGAAGCGCCGGUUGAUCGGGAUAUCUUCACAACUGCUGCUGUCAUGAUUGAACUUCUCAGCGCUGGAUUCUGGACUGACUCUUUGUUGUUCUACUACCUGACUCUCAAGAUGAUGCGAUUGUUCCUCGAGAAGGGACUUUUCCCACAGGUUGCUGUGGGCUUUGUCCAUCUAGCGUCGAUUGCUAUCGGUCGUUUUGAGAUGAUCGAGAAGGGCAUCGAGCUCGGAAAUACAGCUCUGAAGCUCUUCGACCUCUUUGACACCGAUACCUAUACAAUUGGCCGUGGCGUCACGCUGCAUAGUCUUUUCCUUGGACACUUCGUUUCAGAUAUCUCGGAUCAGAUACCUUGCUUGGAGCGCGGUAUGGAGGCGACCAUCCUCGCUGGCGAUAAGUUGGUUCAUCUAUUGAACGUUGGCGUCAUGUGUGCAUACAAGCUAUGGACCUCUCACAACUUUGAAGAACUUGGCGCCUACAUCCAGUACCAAUACGAGAACUUCCCAGAAUGGCCUACGGAUCUGCGUGGGGGUGUCUUCAUUGUUUCAGUACGUCAAUUCAUCCAAGCGCUCCAAGGCAGGACCAAUUGGCGUGAUGCGGCGCAUGUUUUCGAUGAUGAUUCUCAUCAGACGCAACAAUACGUCUCCUUCAUCCAAUCCCAUGCCACUGCUGCCGUUCGACCUCUCUUCUUCUACAACAGCUACCGAAUCGCUAUUCUCUAUAGGUUUGGAUAUUGGCGAGAGGCACUUGAACUCAGCAAGUCUGUGCUGGAGUCCAUCACAAACGUCUGGUGCGUACGACAUGCGUACUAUUGCUACUUCUACAUCGCGAUGUGUUUGGCCGCGAAGUUACGCGAAGAACCAUAUAGUGAGGAUCGCGAAAGCGUGCUCAAAACAAUCUACAAGUUCAAGGCCAAGAUUGAGAGAGCAAGUCGCGUCAAUGAAACAAACUUUGCUGUUUGGUUGCAUCUCCUCCGAGCGGAGAUUGCUGACAUUGAAAUGCGAUCAGACGAGGCUACACUAUCGUAUGAGGCAGCUCUUGACCACGCGGUAGUCCAUGGCCUUCUCUCUGACGAGGCUUUGUGUUACGAGCUCUACGGCGAUUUCAUGGUCCGGAGAGGAGCAACUCGUCCUGCACGUGCGAUGAUCCGAGAUUCAAUCUCUGCGUAUCGACGUAUCUCCGCUACUGCAAAGGCGGAACAUGUCAGCGAGAAACAUGCAUUCCUGCUUCUUGGCUCGAGAACUAUCGGAACUGCAGAGGCAGGUACACAAACCGUCGAAACUGAUAACAUUUCGUUCUCCAUGGUACAGAACGAAGCUCCUCAGGCAUCUGAUGACAGAACACAUGAGUGGCUUAGCCCAAGCGCAACCACCGUUCCUCAUCAACACGAAACACAGCAUGACCUGCAAGGUGGAUUCUCUGCUGUUGGUCUUGAUAUGAUCGACCUCGCCAGCAUUCUGGAAUCCUCGCAAGUGCUGUCCUCGGAACUCAGAGUCGACAAGUUGCUUGCGAAGCUAACCAACAUCAUUGUUGACAGCACCGGAGCCGCUCUGUGUGGUCUUGUUGUCAAUGAUGACGAGAUUGGCUGGAACGUUGCAGCUGUGGGAGGACCGGACAUUUCUUACCAGGACAAUGCCGGCCAGCCUAUCGGCGAUAUCGAUGACCCGUUGUCAAAACAAAUCACGUAUUACGUUCUGCGUUUCAAGGAGGAGCUAUUCCUGCGCAACGUGCUUGACGACGAGCGAUUCGCAAACAUGCCUGCAUCAUGGAGACAGAAGCAUCCCGAAGGUAAAGCCGUGAUUGCCUUGCCAAUUCUACAUGGUGACGAUACUCUGCUCGGCUCAAUCUAUAUUGAAGGACCUCCAAACUCGCUGUCCCAGCGCAACAUUACUGUUCUUCGUCUGCUUGUCAACCAGAUCUCGAUUUCGAUCGCCAACGCAUUGCUCUUCAAGAAGGUCCAAAAGGUUUCUGCCAGCAACUCUUCCAUGCUUGAAGUGCAAAAGCAGGCUCUCGAGCAAGCACGCGAAGCUGAGCGCAAGGCCAAGGUUGCAGAAGCUAAAGCUAUGGAGAUGGUCAAGCUCAAGGACGAGGCAGCAAAGGCGAAGAGUACGUUCUUGGCGAAUGUCUCCCACGAGUUGCGCACUCCAUUGAACGGAGUCAUUGGUAUGUCCGAGCUACUCAAGGGAAGCAGCCUCAACAGCGAGCAAGAGGGCUAUGCCGACAGCAUCCGUGUUUGCGCGGACACAUUGCUUUCGGUCAUCAACGAUAUCUUAGACUUCAGCAAGCUCGAGGCUGAUAAGAUGGCUGUGUACUCUGUGCAGUUAUCUCUGACCCAGACCAUUUCUGAAGUUGUCAGAGCCCUUUCCUACACCAACCUUGAGAGAGGCUUGCAGACUGUCGAGAAGCUUGAAAUGCCUUCAGAUUUGCUCGUCAUGAGUGAUCCUGUUCGCUUGCACCAAAUUCUCAUGAAUUUGCUCAGCAACGCGUACAAGUUUACAGCAAAGGGGACAGUCACCAUUAGAGCAUUUAUCGAGCACGAGACUGAAGACACUGUCCAGGUGACCUGCAGCGUGACAGAUACCGGUAUUGGUAUUACAGAAGAACAAAAGAAGAAGCUCUUCCAGCCAUUCAGUCAGGCAGACAGCAGCACAGCACGCAGCUACGGCGGUACUGGCCUUGGUCUUUCCAUCUGCAAAGCCAUCAUCGAGAAAGUCCUGCACGGAACAAUUUGGCUUGAGAGUGAGAUUGGUGUUGGAACGACUGUUUCCUUCUCUCUGCCCUUCCAGAAGAUCAGACCUGGUGCUGAGAAUGGAGCAGCCGGACCACUCAAUGAUUCCAUGGCGGCCAUUUACAAGCCCAGCGAAGACGAGAUGAAGAAGUCUUCAUUCAUCAGCCUCGCCCACAUCCCUCGCGACAAGCUUAGAAUCUGUAUUGCAGAGGACAACCCUAUCAACCAAAAGAUCGCCAUCAACUUUGUCAAGAAGCUUGGAUUCAAGUGUGAAGCAUACGGCGAUGGACAACAAGCAGUCGAUGCUCUCGCAGCAGCAAGCAAAGCAGGCACGCCCUUCCACCUCGUCCUCAUGGAUGUCCAAAUGCCCGUCCUCGACGGCUACAACGCCACUCGGGAAAUCAGAAAACACCCUGACCCCGUUGUACGUGAGGUAUUGGUAAUUGCCAUGACCGCAUCCGCCAUCCGCGGCGACAAGGAAAAGUGUCUCGAAGCAGGCAUGAACAAUUACCUCGCCAAGCCCGUGCGAGCACAUGUCUUGAAGCAAAUGCUUGAGGGCUAUCUCAACCAAGCACCAAAGACGAUAACCAAUCUCCAGCAGCAAGCUAAUCAGCUUUCUCAGGAUGUGCUUGAUGAGGCGUCGAGGUAUACUGCUCCUGCUUCUGACGGCCAAGGCGGAAGGCAGGACCAGGGUGACGACGGACAUGCUGAUGGCCAAGAGACGCCGACGCCUGCUACUGUCCGGUCUAGCCCUAAAGCAGAUACCUUGCCGACGAGACCUCGAUGA